GUGCUGAAGCAAGGAGCUGAAGCUAGAGUUUUUGAGUCAACUUUCGCGGGAAGGAGGUCAAUUAUCAAGGAACGCUUCUCAAAGAAGUACAGGCAUCCGUCGUUGGAUUCAAAACUCACUCUUAAGCGUCUAAAUGCGGAGGCUAGGUGCAUGACAAAAGCACGGCGACUUGGGGUCUGUACGCCAGUGUUGUAUUUUGUGGACCCUGUGCCGCAUACCUUAACAUUUGAGUAUGUAGAGGGUCCUUCGAUAAAAGACAUAUUCCUCGAGUUUGGAUUGCAUGGUGUUCGGGAAGAGCAGUUGGAUGAUAUUGCGACACAGAUCGGUAAUGCCAUUGCAAAGUUGCAUGAUGGCGGUCUCAUUCACGGCGAUUUAACCACAUCAAACAUGUUAAUCAGAAGUGGUAUCAAUCAGCUGGUGCUUAUCGAUUUCGGUCUGAGCUUUACAUCCACACUUCCUGAAGAUAAAGCCGUAGAUUUGUAUGUACUGGAGCGAGCUUUGAUCUCAAUGCAUUCUUCAUGUGGGAACGUGAUGGAUCAGAUACUUGCCGCGUACCGAAAAACCUCCAAGCAGUGGUCAUCAACAUUGAACAAGUUAGCCCAAGUGAGACAACGGGGUCGUAAGCGCACCAUGGUUGGAUGAGAACCUUCGGCUAAGGAGGAUGAGAUUCCUUUGUAGGUUGAUUGAUGAAGGCAAGAUAAAGUUCACUUUUUCAAUUCUCUGUAUCAGAUUUGUAUUUCCAUCAGGACCCAAAAAAAUGUUGAUUGGCAUCUAUGAACCGAUAGGAAAGUUCAGUAGAGUUAUCCGAUGGCUGUUCUGCAAAUAAAAGAGUACAGUUAAAAAGAUGUAGCAAACACAUAGAGAGCAUGAAAGAGCUUGAGAAGUUAUGAGGUUGGUCGCAGAUAUAUCCUGUUCAACCUUAGUUUGACUGAGACUCCCAUUUACUGUGCUUGAUUACGUAUGUAGCCGUUAAUUGUUUCUGACUUUUUCUCCUCUCUCCUCUCUUAUGAUGAUCAUCACUGUUUCUAGAAACUUUCAAAGAAACCUCUGUACUUUUGUUUCAUGUUGCUCAACAUUGUCCACGAAAUUUUACUUUUUUUUGUGUGCCUCUUGUC